AUCACAACCACCUCCACCACCACUUCAAUCACCAUCAUUACAACCACCUCCACCAUCACCUCACUACCUCAACCACCACCUCCACCUCCACCAACACCACCUCCACCACCACCUCAAUCACCA